CGCAAUCUGAAAACACCGCAUCGUGCUGAGAGAGCACGCGCACACACACACGCACACACACACCUUGACUCCUCUGCAGCGCUCAGCGUUCCCUGCUGCAGUUAUUAAACAGCUUCCUUCAGGUCUCAGUGGAUCAGGACCGGAGCUGAGCUGCAGGUUUUCUCGUCACCGUGACGUCUCUGAACUCCGAGUGUGUGAGACAGACGGACAUUUUCACACCGAUACACACCGAGCACGUCUGUUUAUUCUCCUGUGUAUCAGAGAUUCAAACCCUGAGCUUCUCUAAGUUCAGUGAGGAUGAUGAUGAUGAAGGAGUGUCUGCAGUUCCUCAGAGAACCGGCCAAGAACCUGAAGAUCUGCCUGAAGGAAUCACGGCGGAGAGUAAAGACAGAGAGACGACAAACACUGACAGAGAAUCAGAUCUUCAUCAUGGAGCUCGCAAGAGAACUCAGUUGGAUCUGUCAGGGUUCAGGUGUUCUGUCUCGUAUAUGGAGAGGAGACGACGUUUGGCCUGCAGCAGUUUGUCGUCAGUUCAUCACAGAGACGUCGUUGCUUCUGCAGAAGGAGAAGACAGUGUACUGGACAGACACACAGCAGCACCUGAGGAAGCGAAAGUGUGAAGACGAGCUGCAGUGUGUGUUAGACGGGGAUGAGACUGAGCUGAAGAGAGAGAUCAUGGACUGGACACACAAACAGAGGACAAAACACCCAUACGGUGUGUGUGUGUGUGAGUCGGUGUUGAAGGUGUUGGAUGAUUUGGAGCUGCAGUGGAUUAAAGGACGAGUUGCUCAUCUUCAGUCUGCAGUGGAGCUGCUCAUCUGGAUCACACACACUGAACAUCUGGACCAGGCGCUGGUGCCGCGGGCGUGGCUGAGAGACAGACAGACGACCCACAGCGUCAAUGCUGUUCGUUAUAUUCCACACGUUGUGUGGAAGUGGAUCUGUGACGCUGCAGUUAAGGUGACCUUUGACCCUGAGACGGCUCACCCCGCCCUCCUCGUCUCUGAGAACAAAAAGCGACUGAUUUGCACGUCUCAGCCCCGCCCAGUCACGCCCCACCUGCGACGUUUUAACGGCUGGUUCUGCGUUCUGGGCGCCGAGCGGCUCUCGUUCGGGCGGAGCUACUGGGAGGUGGAGCUCGGCAAACGUGACUGGCGAGUGGGCGUGGCCAAAGAGUCUGCUAUUUUGACUGGAUACACCUGUCUGAACACACAGAGCGGCUUCUACACACUGCGUCUGGAGCGGGGAAGUGAGAUGAAGGCACUGACCACGCCCAUCACACCGCUCCCCUACAGGCCACGCCCACCACGGAGGAUCGGCGUGUGUGUGGACUACGAGGAGGGACAGAUCUCAUUCUACGACGCUCAGUCACGCACACACAUCUACACGUACUGCGACACACUGACGGAGCCGCUGUACCCUGUGUUCGGGACGACCGAGGUCCUCACACACAUGGAGAUACGACGGCCGCGAGCAUGUCAGGGGGCGUGUCCCUUCUGCUGAGUCCCUCCCUCACACAUGUAUGCUGAUUUAUGCACAUGCUAAUCAAUUAUGCACGCACUGCAAAAACUGCUAGUUAAAAAAAAUGUGAAUGAUGUCACAGAGGGUGGGCGUGCUGGACAUUUCAGUGGGUGUGGCUACAGACACAGCAGUCUCAUAAGCACGCUCCAAGCUACAUUGCUAUGGUAUAUUACUCUGUAUUUAUUUUAAACAAUAUUGCAAAAUGCUAAGUAAUUAGAACUUGAAUUAAAUUAGUCCUUUUUGUCCUCAUCUGAUUGGCUGAACAUGAAACAACUGUUGUGGUAAUAGGAACAGGAAUGAAAUGUAACUGACGCUGUUGCUAACUUACGGUUUACUAAGAGCUUUAAGAGCACACACACACACACACACACGAGCAUGCGCACACAGACAUGUUUGUAAUUGCCUGAUCAGGGGUAAAUAAACUGUGUGCCGCUAACAACCCAGUGGACAGUUUUAGUACUGCAUUUUUAUUUUUUAUUUAAAAACCUUGAUUUUC